UGGUCAGCUCUUCAGCAUCCAGCUGGUGCCCCCCCCAGAUCAGCUCACUGUUACGGCUGCCGCUGAGGCUCCGCGGACAACAACAGUAGCAGCACCUCCAACAGCAACAGCAACCACGGCAGAAACGCAUCCAAAAACAACAGCGGCGCCGAAUCGAACGGCGUCCGCGGCCUGUCAGCUAGAGGACCGCCGCCUAGACUUCGCGGUGGGGGGGGGUAAGACCACCAACACACCCCUGCACCGCUGGUUCGGGCUCAAGCAGUACGUCCUGGUUCGCGCCUUGGGCCAGGGCGGGUCUCCCGGCAUGGGAGUCGAUCACCUACUUUGGGCCACGACGGUGGCUGCCGGAAACUGCAAGUGCUCCGUCCCGGUGCUGGUGUCUUGCGACUGGGACGGCCUGGUUGACGACGACAGCUCUGGCGGCGUUGUUGUGCAAAGCGGUGCCAGCUGCAAAGGAUACUCCACGCCUGGCAGCACGGGUAUUGCGUGCUCCGUCAGGUUUCAUACAGCAUGGACGGAGAAGCCUUCCCGCGAGUGCCUGUUCCUAGACGGACUAACGGACCUGUUCCUGUCCAAGAUCAGAGACGCGCACUGCCUGCCAGGCCGUGCCUUUGCUCCUAUAGUCUCGACCACCGUCCAGCAGUCGUGGGAAUGGACCAAGCCCGAGGAAGACGCGGCGCAAUUGCCUGCCCCCGCUCUCCCCUGGGAGGGGGGAGGGGACACCGGUGGAGGCGGCGGAGGGGAAUUCGUUCCGGCGUCGGCGGUGGUGGAAGAGAGAGACGGGCGACGGGGGGGCACAAGUUUGGGCGAGUUUCCGGGGGGGGGAGAUCCGCAGGGACCGACAACACCAGCAGCAGCGGCAGCAGCAGCGGGGGAUAGCGGUGGUGUUGCGGCUAGGGAAGAUGCCGUCAGGCAGCUCCUUCGUGCGGUCGGAGGCGGAAGCGGACAGGAAAGCAGGACACCCGUGUGGGGACCGGACGAGGACCCGCUCGUAUCGAUCUUCGUGAGAGUAAGAUGGACAGAUCUGAGGGAGGGCCUAGUAGAAGAGAGCCAGCACUACACCACGCUGGAGCCGUUGCCCGAGGAGGCACGAGGAGGGGCGGGAGGAGCCGAUGGCAGCUACAGCGGCGCGGGCGUGGGGGGGCAUUGUGACAACGACGGUGACGGCGGCUCCACGCAACGGCAGCAGCAGCAGCAGCAGCAGCAGCAGCAGCAGCAGCACAGGGGUCGUCUUGGGGACGCCUGCAGCCGCUUGCUGGCGGCCUUGGUGCUAACGACCGCCAUGCACCCGGGCACACUGAUGGCCGAUCUUGGGGCCGGUUCACUCGAAGACGGCCGGACGGCCUUGGCACAAGACUACGGGAAGGCGGCUUCCGCCAUGCUCAGCGACGAGACAAGGAAGGCGGUGGAGGAUAUGUGCCGCCGAUCGAAAUCGCCAUCCAUCAAUCACGACGACAUUGACCUCAUUCUUCGCUACUUGCUGCACUCGCAAGGAGAGGAGGGGGCGGUCGCAACUGCCGCAAACCAGGGUUGCGGCGGCCUCGAUGCUGACGGCAACAACAAAGCACGUCGGGUGCAGCCGUCACUACCAUCGUCCCGAUGGAGACAAGUGCACCUGGGGACACGGCAACAGGACCGGAGACAAUCGACCGAGAAGUGGAAGCAGGUCUACCCGAGGGCGAGAGGGGUCACCGAUGAUUCGUCAUUACGACAGUUACAACCUGAAGGCGGUGCAGCCGAACGGACUUCUGUCCCGAAUGACCAGUCCCAUAGAGAUGUUCAUGGAACGAUGGAAGCGUCGUGGGCGGAGCUGUCGACAAGUGGAAGCGGUCGCGCGUCGUCAGACGAGACGAUGAUGGGCGGGAGAGAAGGGAGGAGGAGCCUUUGGGUGUGGGCGGAACGCGGCGGGGCGCCGAUAGGGCGCCUGCUAUCGCUGCUUUCGCUCAGGGUGGCUAGCUGUGACGAUCUUGGGUCGAUGUCGCUGCUCUGGAUGUCUUUCGUGCGGGACGUGCGACUCUUGUGGGAAGAUGGGGCCACCAUCGCCAGAAUGAACCCAAUAACUGCGGUGGAUGGCACGAGCAUGUUCGAUUGGAGCGCCAGCUGUACGGGCCAGGACCGGAGCGUCGCGUCUCAGCUUCGAGGCAGCAGGCAGGCGGACGGCGGCGGCGCCGAUGGCAGCGAUGAUAGUAGCGGCAGGGACGGGUCAUUGCCGCCGUGGAGCGAUCACUCCCUCGUUCUGUACCCGGAUACCCGAACGUGCCUGAUCUGGCAGAAGCUGCAGAUGCUGAACUGCUGUCGAGCGGAGGGGGCCCCGCAGGUGGAUCUGCAGCCAUCACCACCACCGUCGCAAGAUGUCGGUGAUGGUGCUGCCGACCAAGGCGGUGGUGAGAAGGGGCCGGGGGAUGACGAAGACGAAGAAGCUUUCUUCGACACCCGCGAGUACUACCAGACAUCGGAGGACGAGGGAAGUAGUGGUGACAUAGGUGGUGGUCUCCAAGAUGACCAGUGCGGCGCUGGUGAUGUUGGCCGUGGUGGAGAGUGUGGUGCUGAGGAUGAUGCCCGGGGUGUUGUUGCUGCCUCAAUCAGUGGUGCUGGUGAGGGUGGUACGGUUGGUGGUGUCCAAGAUGGACAUGAUGGAGACCGUGAUGCUGAUGAUAAGGCCGGGGGUGUUCACGCGGAACCCGGUGCUGGUGAGGAUGAUGAGGGUGUUCUUUCUGCCGCUACAAGUGGUGAUGGCAAUUCCGCCGCCGAGAGCGAUGCGGUCGGAGAUCAUGCUGACGGCCUGAGCGGGUGCAACGAGGACUUGCCUAAGGAUGCCUCCGAGAACCACCCUCAGCAACAACAACGGGACGAGGGCUCAUCCGCCCCAGUACUCGACGACGAAACCGCCGAGAUCACGCCAGCGCCUACUGCUGCUGCUACUGCUGUGGACUUGUCGAAAAUCGGGGUGGGUCGGGAAGAGCUCGGUGUAGCAGGAGUUGCUAUUGCGAUCGUGGAAGACGGCGAUGACCGCAGCGGCAGCAGCAGCAGCAGCAGUAGAGGUGGUGUCGAUGAUGAAGAAAUUAUUUCUUCGGGCGACACGGCAGAGACAGUAGCGUCGCCAAUAGCACCACCGUUGUCAGCAGGAACAGACGAGGUUGCAGCGGUACCUGCAUUGGCUCCAGCGACAGCAACACAAUUACGAGAAGGGGAACCGGCAUCACCUACAUCAUCACCACCGGUACCACCGCUGGGCGACGAUGCCAACGAAGCUUUGCCGUGCGCUGUGGCGACCAAAAAGACCAUGAUAAGACCAGAGGAGGAGGACGUCGCUACGGCCGUUGCGGCAACGCCUGACGAGGCGAUGUCUGUAAAUGAGGGAGGAGAUAACCCAACGACUCAAAACAUGCUAAAAGCAGAACGGGAGGAGGGGGAGAAAGAAAUGGGGGAAAAGGAAGAGGAGGAGCUGCAACAGAGGGUAGACUCGCCAUUCGAAGAGGAGGAGGAGGGACAGGAGGAGGAGGAGGAAGAGGAGGAGGAGCUGCAGCAGAGGGUAGACUCGCCGUCUAAAGAGGAGCCGUCGAGUCCUCCUUCCUCUCCCCCGCCGAUGGAGACAGGCGCGCGAACGGUUGAGGUACCGCGUAAUGGUGACGGGGACGAUUGCAGCGACGGUUUCGCUUCCGAGGACACACCGCCGCCGUCCUCCUCUGCAAACCCGGAAGAAGAAAUGCCUGGCACGGCAAAAGCUUCCUUGGCGGCUGCCGGAGAAGUGGUCUCCGAUAGGUACACUUGUGCUUCUCCAAAGGCUUCGAUCUCGGACAAUUCAACCUGUGCUUCUCCGCAGGCUUCGUUGGCGGCUGCGGGAGAAGUAGCAAUCUCGGAGGCCUCGCCAGAGAAGCAAACGGCCAUCAUCGCGAUGGACAACAGCCCCGAAGCAUUGGACAACGCUCUCGGACGCCCAGAAGUUGCGCCCACUGCUGCUUCUGGGAGCACUGCUGCAGUCGGUGAUGGUCCGCUCGUACCGCCGAUGCGCCGCCUCUUGUGUUCCGGGGCGGCGGUGCGCCCCCCACGGCUGCAGGAGAGCGGGCCUGUAACUGAGGACAUGCUCAAGCAGCAGACCCUCGGACAGGCCCCCGCUUACCGCGGCCGGGAGGUUCUCCUGGCGGAUAUGACGGCGUUUCGAGCGGAGAACGAUGGCGGCGACCGCGAUGCCGCGGUGUUUGCAGACUUCGUGCGGUGGUAUCGUCCCGAAUGUUGGCAGGAAACAACUGCUGAUGGGGAGUGGGUCAGUGCGUCGGAGGGGCGAUUGGGCGGGAGGGCCGAAGACGACAAGCGGUUGGCAUGGCCUGGACAAGGCCAGGUGGUCUGGAAACCUUCUGUGACCGGGCACCAGGGACAGGGGCAAAACUGGGACGAAACCCCUGAAGCAGAUGCUGCUGACGAGCUCUCUCCCGGCGACCACUUGGGUCUACCGCCGGCACUCCCGUCCCCGUUCAAGCUCGCGGGCUGGCUCUCGUACUGGGGGCAAGCCGGCGCCGCGGUACAGGCCGAGAAGGAAGAGGAAGAGGGGGGGGAGCGGGCGCUGCCGCCCCCUCCCCUGUUCAGCGGCGUCACGGAGGGAGAGAAGGCGCUUCACUUCCUCGAGACAAUAUCCCCGGGCCCCCUGCUCGUGCAGCUGCUUUCUGCCCUCCUGGGGCUGUCGGUUUUCAUCCUGGAGGAGGCGUGUUUGGGGGCGGGCAGCCUGCCGAGCGUGUCCGUUGACACCGCAAGGCGAAAGGUGGUCGAGGCGGUCGAACUCCUCUCCAGUGCGUCUACAACAGCUACCCACGACGACGCCGAGGGCGACAGCACCGCCGCCACCAACAGCAGCACCAACACAACUACCACCUUGCUAGAGGGGAGGAGGGACAACGGCUGUAGCGGUGGCGCCGGUAGUGGUAGUGGUGACAGUGGCAGCAGCAGCAGCGGCAGCAGCGGCAGCGGUGGCGGCGGUGGUGGCAUCAGCGCCAGUCUUGAAACCGCCGCGGAAGUUUCUCGAGAAAGUUCUCGAGAUCGUUCGUCUUUGUCGCCGUUCAGAACAGCACUGCUUGCCGCGGAUGGCGCUUGCGUCGCUGUCAAGAGGGCCGAGACCGCUCUUUCGAGGGCAGUGUCGCUCCAAAGAUCUCUGCCGGGGAAGAGGGAUCUCGUGAACGAUAUGGUUGCCGCGUGCGGCGACGAGGAGGAAAAAGGAGGGGGAGAGGUGCUCGUGUCGGCCAGGCCCCACAAGGAGUUCCUGAGGGACUUGCUUCUCGCCCAAGGCAUCCAGAAGACCCCCGGUUCUGAGCUGGACGAACUCUUGGCAAGCAUGUUUUUGGUGGUGGAGUCCUCUGUUGGUGCUGCUGCGCCGGGAAGCGGCGGAACAGAGUACGGGGUUGGUGCGCAUCAAUCGGAUGCAACCAGUGGGACUUCGGGAGGUACGGGCGGCGAUGUCCCAGUCCUUGGCAUGUCCAGCGUUGGGUUUGGGAGUGGUAUUCCUGCAGGCGCAGGCUCAGGCUUGAACCCCAGUGCAAAUGAUUGAUGUUAAUCGGGUUGGGAGUAGUAGUUUCUUAGACCCAGGCUUGAACCCUGAUGCAUCUACAGUAAAUCCUUCCUCUGUUGGUGCCGCAAACUUUGGUUCGAACGGAAUUGGGAGUGGGGCACCAGGUAGCCAGUCUUUCAUUCCGCCCCCGUCUACUCCAUCGAGUGAGUGGUGGGGACAUGCCGCCAGUGGAAACACACUGAUCCCUGGGGCCGGCAUUUCAGACAAAGGAGAGAAUUUGGGUAGGCGCC